AUGGCGACCCUCCUCCCCCCGCCCAGUAAGCGCCAAAAGCUCGCUCAGGCCGAGAAGGCACGGGAGCAGCAGGAGAUUCAGAGCAUUCCCACCGACCUGGGCAGCGUUCGUGUCCAAUUCUACGAGCAGGCCACCGGCAAUGCUACGGGACCUGCGGUGUCGGUCCCAGUGGCCGAUGCGAAUAUUAAGAACCUCGAGACGCUGUUGAAUACCCUACAAGGGAAUGACGACGACGAUCGUGUGCCAUACCGCUUCACCUACCAAUCUGACAAGGAGGACGGACAGACUAUCGAUAUCCUCGCAGACGUAUACCACUCGCUGCUCCAACCUGGCAUUAAAACGACCGAAGACACUGUCUCCCUCUACUUCACCCCACAAGCCGUUUUCCGAGUCAAGGCCGUUUCUCGCUGCGCUGCUUCCAUCGCAGGCCACGGCGAGGCUAUCCUGGCAACCUCGUUCUCCCCGGUCAACUCGUCGACCAUGGUCUCUGGUAGCGGCGACUCUACAGCCCGAGUCUGGGAUUGUGAAACGGGUACUCCGCUGCACACCCUCAAGGGACACACUAGCUGGGUGUUGGCGGUGGCUUACUCGCCAAACGGCGCGAUGAUCGCGACGGGAAGUAUGGACAAUACUGUGCGGUUCUGGGAUGCGAAGAAGGGACAGGCGUUGGGUGGACCAGUCAAGGGCCAUUCUAAGUGGAUUACCAGUCUUGCGUGGGAACCCUAUCACUUGCAGGAAUCUGGACGGCCCCGUCUGGCCUCGGCAUCGAAGGACUCAACCGUGCGGAUCUGGGAUGUUGUGUCGAAGCGCAUUGAGCAUGUUCUCACCGGACACAAGGGGUCGGUCAGCUGCGUUCGAUGGGGUGGUACUGGGCAGAUCUAUACCGCGUCGCACGACAAGACGAUCAAGAUUUGGAAUCCGAAGGAUGGCACGCUGAUCCAGACUCUGGCCGCGCAUGCCCACCGUGUCAACCAUUUGGCCUUGUCCACUGAUUUCGCCCUGCGCACGGCCUACCACGAUCACACUGGCAAGGUGCCGGCUACAGAAGCGGAGAAGGUAGCUGCUGCGCGGAAGCGAUUCGAGGAUGCAGCCACCGUGAACAAUCAGAUCGUGGAGCGAUUGGUGUCGGCUAGUGACGAUUUCACUAUGUAUUUGUGGGACCCAGCGGCCUCGAAUAAGCCUGUUGCGCGACUCCUAGGCCACCAGAAGGAGGUCAAUCAUGUCACCUUUUCGCCGGACAUGGCAUACAUUGCGUCUGCCGGGUUCGACAACCACGUCAAGCUUUGGAAUGGACGUGAUGGAAAGUUUAUCACCACAUUCCGUGGCCAUGUUGGCGCUGUGUAUCAAUGCUGCUUCUCUGCGGACUCUCGACUGCUGGUAUCCUCUUCCAAGGAUACCACUCUAAAGGUCUGGGACGUUCGCACCGGCAAGCUGGCUACAGAUCUGCCUGGGCACCAGGACGAGGUCUUUGCGGUAGACUGGAGUCCCGAUGGACAAAAGGUUGGCAGUGGAGGCAAGGACAAGGCGAUUCGAAUCUGGCGGAACUAG